CCCGUGAACGACAACACACCCACAAGCCCUUCUUCAGAAAGCUCUUGAUUAGAAGGUCCUACUCAGCCUAAGGUCCUACUCAGCCUCUCCUUCCUAGUACCUGGCAGACGAGGAUAACUCAAUCUACACCAAACCCUCCCAGAAUUUCCUCUCUUGUAAACAUGGAGAUAAACAUCCAAUUGGAUCAGAUUGGUUCGCCUACGUUCUCCCUCAUCCUCCUCCUCCUGCCCCUUCUUCUCCUCCCAAGAGAUAAUGUCUCUCUCAGCAUCACCAACUCAGGGAAGUAAGUUGCUGUUCAGAGAGAUUUUUUUUUCUGGUUCAGUGAUAUGAUUCCACCAUCGUUUAUCUACAGUACCCCAUAAGAUCACCAGUCUUAUCUGCUUCACCUGUCAAAGCAACAGUCAACACCAGUAUCACCAGUCAACACCAGUGUUCUCUACGUCACCAAUGACCAUCAACACCUCUACCAUCACCAGCUUCAACAGUACCACCCCCCCCCCACUCCCCACCUGUCUGACUCUCUCUCACUAGUAGCUGAGUUCACCAAGACCCUCUUUACCCCAGGAGUGAUAAUAACAGUGUAGAAAAAAGCAAUACCUUCGUCAGGAUAUUCUUGGGAUGAAUUCACCAUAAACAGAAACGAACUUUGAAGUAAUUUAUGACCAAGAGAACUUCGUAAUGUAAACAUGAAAAAUACAUUAAAAAAACAACAAUUCUGGAAAUUCAUCUAUUGACAAAACUUUAAAUGAAAAAUGUGUUUAAAUUUCGAAAAUAAAAAGUUGAAUAGUGUCGUCCAAUGUCCAAAGUUUUAAUUAUUAACUUGAAGCCCAAAAAAGUGUUGUAGUUUGCAUUGUAAGUAAAAAAAACAGCAACAACUUCAGUCUUUGUAAUUAUAUGUAAAAGAGCAACGAAGAUAAUCACCCAGCUUGAAAAAAAAAUAUUCACUUCAUUUUUUAACUUAGUGUUUAUAUCUUUCCAUGUGUUCUUUCUCGCUCACAACAAACUAGAUUAUUCUCAGUCGAUUAUUCUCAGCCGAUCGAACACACGACAUCAAACACUCACAUAAACAAACAAAACAAAAAACGAGAUAGAAAAGAAACAUUCAACAUAAAUAGAAAAAAAAACACCGUAGUCCUUCAUAAAAAAAAACCCUAACAAAAUCCCCCAAAAAACAGAUAAAUAAAAUCACCUCCGAUAUCAGAGACCCAGACGAGAAGGGAGACAUAAGUGUUGACGAGAAGCGAAAAUUCUUCCCAAUUUAGCUGUCACUCGGGGUAAGGUAACUCAAUAAAACGUGUUGGUCUGGACGGGAAGGUGAACGUGUCUAAGAGAAAUUAAAAUAGAUGGUUAUUGCUGAUACAACUAGUCUGGUCGUAGAAAAGUGAUUUGUGUCUACUUAACCUAUAUACACUGACUAAUUAGCAACGGGAGGUACAAGUAUAAGAGUGAAUACAAAUAAAAUGGAGAUAACAUAAGAAAAUAAAAAUAAUAUAAAUUGGACGUAGAAAAGACAUAAGUAUGUAGAUGGAACAAAACAAUAAUACAAAUAAUAUAAACUGCAUACACAAAAAUACGAAGAUAAUUAAAACAUUUAAAAAAAAUCACUCACAUGACCUGAAGUUUCACAUUCAAAUUCCAACAGGUAAAGAAUUAUCUCCCGAGAAAAGAACUUGAAGUGAAAAUUCUUGUACCCUCGUGGAAAAAAAAAACAGUCGCAAGGUAGUGAUUGAGGACACUGUAAACACGAGGCACUGUAACCCCAGCAAGACUUUGAACACAGGAACACCUCAUCUGAAAAUUAAUCUUAAAUACCACAAGAGGGAACAUUAAGAUCUGAAGGAGGACUGAAGUGCAUAAAGAAGAGUCCUGAGGAGAUUAUAAACGAGAGAGAAUUUUCCAUACAAACCCAAACAAGAAAGAGAAUAUUAAUACUCCCAAGAGCAGGAGACACGGGAAGGAGAAGAAGAGGAGACGAAGGAGGGAGGAUCACCUGAAGAAGAGGAAGACAAAGAAGGGGAGAUCACCUGAAGAAGAGGAAUACGAAGGAGGAAGGAGAAGGAAGGGGAACCACCUGGAGAUAUCAAGGAAGAAGAAGAAGAAUUGACCCGUGUUGUGAGAGGCUGCCAUCACUCAGCUACCUCACCAAUCCACAUGAUGACUGCGGGGAGCGGCGAGAUGGUUCACCACCUAGAGGAACUAGAGGCCUACAUACCCAGGGAGGAGCUGGCAUCCAUCCUGCCCAACCUGACAAAGGAUCAAGCCUCCUAUCUCCUCCAGCUCCUGCCAGUGCUGAACAAUGAUACCAGGUUCAGCGUUGAGCUUCCUAGUCCCUCCGCCAUACCUACAGAUCACGCCUUCUGUGACGUGGGGUUUAGAGAUGGGUAUAAGGAGGUUCACGGGUACUUGGCGCUGAUGAUCUGCCUGGUGGGAGCCUUCACCAACGUGCUCAACAUGAUCAUCCUCACCAGGCGGGAGAUGAUCAAUUCCACCAACACCAUACUCACCGGUCUUGCAGUGGCUGACUUCCUCCUGCUGAUGGAGUACAGCUUCUACGCCACUUCCUACAUCAAGGGUCAGGAGUCUAUGUUUGACAGUUACUUCCACUCUGUCUUCAUCCUCUUCCACGCCCACUACACACAGGUGACCCAUACAAUAGCCAUUUGCCUCACGAUAACCCUGGCUGUGUGGCGGUACAUUGCCAUCUGUAAGCCUCACCUGAACCUCUUCUUGUGUACACUCCCACGCGCGAGGUUGGCUGUCUGCAUUGCCUAUGUCGUUUCACCCAUCCUCUCGGUGCCAAACUAUCUAAUGUACUCUAUACACCAGCGUACUGACAAACACACCAAUACCUCACUCUAUCACGUGGACUUCAGUGACAGGGCCAGAGCAUCGAAUGGCCUGCUACAAAGUGUUCAUUUUUGGUUCUACAGCGUCCUUAUCAAGAUUCUACCCUGCCUUCUACUUACCUUCUUCAUCUACCACAUCAUCAGAGCCAUGUACACGGCCAAGAGAAGGAAGGAGAACCUGAUCAAGAUGGGAACGCCCUCCAUGGAGACAGAGAGGAAGCUGCCCCGUAUGGAGAAAAUGACGGAGAAGACGACGAGAAUGUUAUUGACGGUGUUGUUACUCUUCCUGGCUACCGAGUUACCCCAGGGCAUCCUCGCCUUCCUCUCAGGCGUCUACGGUCACUCCUUCUUCAGACAAUGUUACUUACACUGGGGGGAAGUGAUGGAUUUACUAGCUCUCAUCAACGGCGCCGUCAACUUCCUCCUCUACUACAUUAUGUCUCAUCAAUUCCGCGUCACCUUCCGCUUCCUUCUGUCUCCCCCGCAGCCCGUCAACCUGUCUCCGAGGCUGCCGGGGGAGACAGUUUCUACCCAGCUCUAAGAGUCGCCUGAUCACCUGUAGCGUCGUGUAAACCUCACUCCAUCCUCUCUUAGUGAAGGAGAGUUGAGACGUCACCUAGGAAAGACUUUUGUCGUUUUUAUUUGUGCCUGGAAGCCUCUUAUACCGUGUUCUAGGUGAAUGGAAGCCUCUUAUACCGUGUUCUAGGAGACGGGUAGGCUCUAGCGUGUUCUAGGUGACUGGAAGCCAUCAUAAUGCUCUUGUGGCACUGUAUUUGCUGUUUUAGAGUUCUGGCAAGACCUGGAAGCCCCACCAUAGAUGAAUAUUAAGUCGAAAACCUUAAGCGUGUUCUAAAGUGAAUGUCUUGUGAUACCACCUGGAAUCCUCUGGUGGUGUCACGUGUUAGCCUCAAUAGUCGUCUAGGUACUGGUUAGACCAAUCAGCUAUCUCCAACAGUUAGACCAAUCAGCUAUCUCCAACAGUUAGACCAAUCAGCAACCUCCAUCAGCCCUCUACAAAAUGUCAACAAAACACAGAAGUGAAUGACUGACCACCUCGGGAUGCUGUGACGUCAAUGAGAAGACAAUUACCAUUCAAGGUCAUUAAUCAUAAAGGAAAUCUGUAUGAAAACAAAUGAAAGAGAUAAACAACAGUAUUCAAGGUUAAUGAAUCUUCAGUAGAGAUUCAGUGGCGUCAAUCAAUCAACUAAUCAAUCAAUCCUCAAGCAAGUCAAUUAAUUUAUCAAUCCUCAAACAAGUCAAUUAAUCUACUAUAAGGAGACGAAUAAUUACUUCCCUAGAGAGUCUGUGUCAAUUAUCCAGACAACAAUUAAUCAAGAUUGCACGAGAAUAUCACUAGGAAAUACAUUGCCCAUCAAACCACCAAGUAGGAUAACAUCUCUAUCUAAAACACUGAAGGAUGUGUGAUCCUCAGGAGGUUAUGACAUCGUACUCAAGGGUUUAAGACAUCGUACUCAAGAGUUUAAGACAUCGUACUCAAGAGGUUAAGACAUCGUACUCGAAAGGUUAUGAAAUCGUACUCAAGAGUUUAAGACAUCGUACUCAAGAGGUUAAGACAUCGUACUCGAGAGGUUAAGACAUCGUACUCAAGAGAUUAAGACAUCGUACUCAAGAGAUUAAUAAAAUCUUAAAGUGGUGUUUUUGUCUGUAAAAUAGGAACUUUCAACUGGCUGAAGUACUCCUAACCCCCCCCUCCCCCCUCCCUCCAAGUGUAUCCUCAGCAAAAUUAUCUACACGCUUAAUUAAUCCAGCUUAAGGCCAUACGAAGCAGACAGACUGAUAUCCAAGGUAUUUCGCUCUAUAUUUACCCAAUAUCCAAUAGCUAUCAGGCAGUCUUGAUUGUGUCCGUAUUUCUCCAGUUGACACUAAUGAAGGAUUGAACAUGGUACUUUCAGACCACCACCCGGGUGAUGAGACUAGAGGCACAAUUAUAUAUUUUAGAGGAUUAAUUAUGUGGUAACUGUGUAGAGAAUUGAAGUCAAAGGGGAAAAGACUUUUAUGUGAGGGUAAUAUUAUUAGCUGCUGUUGGAGGAUGUUGAGGACUGGAAAACGAACGGACUUCAAGAACAAUGGAUUCCAAGAACGACGGACUCCAAGAACAACGGACUCCAAAACACAAGCCAGACACAGGAAUACAAGGAUUAAUUACAAAAUAUUACAAGUGUUCCCCAAGAAGAAGGAAGAAUUAUAACAAAUUGGAUUAAUGAAACAAUUAAAAAAGGACAAAUUCUUCAUAGAUUUUAGAGGGAAAAACCGUUACGAAUCAAGAAAGAAAAGUUAACGGUCAACACUCAAAGUUUUAAAUUCAAAUAUCUCUCUCUCUCGUUCAGUAACAACAGACAGAAAAGUGUGUGUGUGUGUAAAUAUGAACUUAUUUUGAAUAUCUUAUCUUACAUAUAAUAACUAAGAUAAGUACAUCACUAAAUGGCUUUCACAGACGAUAAUCCAAAUUACAAUCCUAAGUCAUCGAAAAAUAAUGGCCAGAUUUUGAAUGUUUUCUUAUAUGAAAAUUUGGACAUUCUGUUUCAAGGACAAUGUGUGUAAAUAGUCCUCUUUAACCUCGUCUGUUCCACCUUUGUAACCUCAUCUGUUCCACCUUUGUAACCUCGUCUGUUCCACCUUUAUAACCUCAUCUGUUCCACCUUUGCAACCUCAUCUGUUCCACCUUUGUAACCCCAUCUGUUCCACCUUUGCAACCUCAUCUGUUCCACCUUUGUAACCCCAUCUGUUCCACCUUUGUAACCCCAUCUGUUCCACCUUUGUAACCUCAUCUGUUCCACCUUUGUAACCUCGUCUGUUCCACCUUUAUAACCUCAUCUGUUCCACCUUUGCAACCUCAUCUGUUCCACCUUUGUAACCCCAUCUGUUCCACCUUUGCAACCUCAUCUGUUCCACCUUUGUAACCCCAUCUGUUCCACCUUUGUAACCCCAUCUGUUCCACCUUUGUAACCUCAUCUGUUCCACCUUUGUAACUUCAUCUGUUCCACCAUUGUAACUUCAUCUGUUCCACAUUUGUAACCUCAUCUGUUCCACAUUUGUAACCUCAUCUGUUCCAAAUUUCUGACUUCUUUUUUUCCACUUUUUAUAAUAUAUGCAAACUUAGCAGUAAUCCAGGUAUAUUGUGAUGAGAAAUAUGUAUAUAAGGUAGACGGCUGUGGUUAUAAUACUUCUGUACUAAACACUCAUACAGAUUUACUAUUGUUUUUUAGAAAUAUAUAUACAUAUAAAUAUAUGUAUGUAAAUAAAUGUAUAAACACAUUUAUAUAUAUAUCAUGAAAUAAAAUAAAUAUUUACACAGUUAACGAUAAGAGUUAUUCUAAUUAUUUUGUUGGAUUAAAUCAAUUUGUGUAGUGAUGAUGAUGAUGAUGAUGAUGAUGAUGAUGAUGAUGAUGAUGAUGAUGGUUUGUGACCAGUGAAGAAGAUAGAGAGACCUGAGAGAAACGUUAAAGGGACCGUAACCUGUUGGUUGUUAUUAUGGGUUGUAAGAGUGCCACCAUCACCUCUGACACACAGGAACAGUGCCACCAUCACCUC